AUGGAUGUCGAAGACGCUGAAAAUGAAGGCGUCAUUGGUCUGGAGGGAUUCAUCAUUAACAAUGCCCAAGAAGACGAAGUAAAUGGAGGAAACCAUGGCAACGACAGCGUGCCCGUCGUUAGGCCAAAGAUUAACUGGCGACGGAGACCGAUGCGCCACGCACGGUUGCGAGCACAAUUUUACAAUUUUGGCACUAAUGGGAUGACACAGUACCGCGAUGGGGAGGUCAAAAAACGCUUCGAUUCAAUAUGCGAAAAUUUAGGCAUAGUCGACAAGGAUGGCAUAUACACGUUGUUUCUAAAGCGGUUAGAUACUCGAAAAAAACUCGAGAGCAGUCACAAGAACCUGGAGAUCCUGGUGGAGGCACUACAUUACAUUCAGAGCAUGUCAUGCCAAAGGACAAUUAGCGUAAGAGACGCGCUCCACAAACUGCGAAAGCGCAGCGGAAGUUUGAAUUUGAGGCGGUUUGUAAAAUAUGUUUCUAAAUUAUGCGCUGAAGCGAACAUACAAUGGUUGCCCGUGGUACCAAAUGCCAACAUCAUUCGCCAGAUGUUGGACGACCUUAUCCUUGCGCUGAGGCAAUCGGACACAAGCAACGAAGUGCUGCCUGCAGCCAAGGAAAUAAAUAUAUCACCAGAGGUAGCUCGAUUAUUUCAAGACCCCUGUUUAAGCGGUCUGGAAGAAUAUCUCAAUACGCCAUCUAAUAAAGGCGAAGACGAUGAAUUGUCACAUGGACAGGAUUCGCCGAGACAACGUCAAACACACGAAGAUGAUGUUGUGAAAUUCCCUGCAGCACGUCGCAGUCGCAUGGCUGCUAUGAUCGAAGAAAAGUAUGAUCUUGUACGCGAUACCGCCUUAAGGCUGGUGGAGUGGACCGAAAAAUGCGGUCUAAAGCCGAAUUUUAAUAUGCUUAAUGCGCGCUCCCGAACAAAGCUUCAUUGCAGAAAAACGUUUCUAGCCUCAGCUCUUCACGUGACAUUGCUGAUGGAGAGGAUCCAAGUGCAUCAGAAAUUUUUACUGAAUACCUGGAAGGUGGUACGCACGUCCUUCUACAAAAACUGCAGCAACAUGUUUAUGCUAGUUGUGCAGCGGGUACGAGACAAAUACGGGGUCAUGUUAAAUUCAAAGUUUUUAACCCUCACGUUUUUGAAACACAUGCUGCGAAAUAUGGAUUCUUCCGACAUUAAAAAUCGAGAUGAACCCAUGAAGUACGAUUUUCGCGAAAAUUAUGACGUUGCAGAGGCAGAAGUUUCGAGUAAUAAUUUGUCAAAUGGCCUAGGUGACCUAAACAGGAACAACGAGAAGACAAGUCUGAAUUUCGCACCCGAAAUACGGUUUCUCGGCAACGUGAUGGGCGGUAGAGAUUCUGUUGACGACACGCUGUGGAAGUUUACCCCUUUGUCUGACGAUCAUGGUAAGACAAUAUCGACACAUAAAGAGAUUGAAACGCAUAAAACCUUUGAGGAUGUUGCGUCGUACCUUACCAACAUGUUGGGUGAGAGCGAUACUGACAAUGGGUUUCCUACACGGGUAGCAUCCGAAAGCAGCGAGGAAUUCAAUGAAAAGGCGUGGAUUCAGGUUCCUAGGUACGAUGAUAAGGGUGAACUUGCGCAAUGUCUCAGUUUCGAGCAAAUACGCGCAUUAACCCUCAAACUCGGAUAUGCCCUGGGCGUCGUUAACAAAGACGAACAUCGUCAGCCCACUAUGGAUCCCGUUUUAGAUGCGAAGUUAUUUGAAAUACUGACCUACUACAUGGAUGCAUUUAGCAUGGAUCGCAUUGGACCAUUACGCAAACAACCGGUGAGCUCAUACACGUCGAAGCAGCGAUCCGUUGUCACGUGGAAGCAAGGCAAGCGCAAGAAGUACAAAUCGUUCGCCCACGUCUGCUACGGACCCGAACUUGCACACACAAUGGCAAACACUUUCAAGCGGGGCAUGGCCGUGGCACUGAUUGUGGAGGAGGAACGGAAUUCACCCAUUUGA